CGCCCACAGUUACUGUGUGACACCUCCUUGCACCACUUUAACAGCAAAACCUAUCGGAGUUACCAUAAGCGACAAAGGAUAUAUAAUACACUCGUUUCCCCUUGAAUUUUUCAAUUAUAUUUUUCUCUUCAUUCAACACGCACCCUUCAUAGAUACUCUAUCAUCUAUACAGAUAUCUCUCACAUCCACCUGUCAUAUCUAUACUUGCACAACUCACAUAAUGUCUGCCUUCAACGACUACUGCCUCGUCUGCGAGAACUUGUUAAGCACGCCUUCGGCUUACUGCUCUGACUCUUGCAAAGAGUUGGACCAAAUCAACCAGUAUAGCCAUCACUCUAUGGUGCACGAGUCGCCUUUAUUGGCCGCGGCUGUGCCUUCCACCUCCGGCUCUUCUGUGUACAACUCUUACUCGCUGCAUUCGCCACUCCUCGUGUUGUCGUCCACCCCAAGACACUCUUACGAAAUGGAGGAUGACUUGAACAAUGACCACUUCGACCUCAACUCUACCGACUACAAGAUGAAUUACUACUUCAACCCAACCACCACUCAAUCCGCCAGUAACAACAGCAAUAUUUUGUCCGCCUCGAUGAAUUACAGAAAAUGGUUGAAUACUUCCGCUCGUUUCUGAUCUUCCGAUCCACCUUUCAACACUACAAACUUGCAUUAUUCACACAUCGUUCAUCGACCGCUAAGAACUAAAGUUUUUU